AUGGAGUUAGAACCUGAUAACGCUUUUGCCAACCUUUUAAAUUCAAACUCGGAAGAUGGCUUAGAAUUUAUUUCAGUAGAAAACAUCCUAAAUAAGCCUGUUCGUAAACAGUGCAAUAAAACCCAUGAAGACAUAUUAGAAAACUUCAAGACUUUCCCAGUUCACAUGAGGAUAAUUAUGGCACCCACCAAAAAAAGUCAAGAAGAGAUCAGACGCAAGAAUAAAGAAUGUGAGAGGCGACGUCGGGAAAAAAUAAAGUCCAAUCCACAAUUGUACGAACAGGCUAAAGCUAAAGAAAGAGACCGUUAUAGAAAGCGAAAAGAAGAGAAGAAAAUCAUACCUAUUGCGAAAAGAAUGGCGUAA